AUGUGCACCAGCGGCCAGAUUAUUGGGAGCCUCUUGGUGCUCUCCGUGCUGGAGAUAGGGCUGGGGGUGUCCAGCGUGGCCGUGGGGGCGGUCAGCUUCAGCCUGGCUCUCCGAGAGCACAAGCCGCAGCUUGGAGACUCGUCCCCGUUUCUUCUUUGUGGCAUUUGUGGAAUAUUAUGCGCCAAAAAAAAAUCAGGACUUGUCAUGAUCCUCUUUUCAGCCUGCUGUAUCUGUGGACUCAUUGGCGGCAUCCUGAAUUUUCAGUUCCUUCGGGCAGUCACAAAGAAAACCUCGUCCCUGUAUCCUCUACACCUGGCCUCCAUGUCUCUUGCUUGCAUUGGGAUUGGGGGCUGCACUCUGUCUUCCUGGCUCACUUGUCGACUUGCCAGCUAUGAACAGAGGAGGAUGUUCUCAGAAAGGGAGCACUCUCUGCAUCACUCUCACGAAAUGGCUGAGAAAGAAAUGACAGACACCAUGAGCAAUGGAGGACCACAGCUGAUAUUUAAUGGAAGAGUAUGAUCAAUGUUUGAAAGAGCUGGACACGUUAUAGGAUUUUCACGGGGCAAGGAGAUACAAUAGAACUAAAAAAUAAAGUGAAGACAGUUCUUGCAUUUGCUUUUAUCGCUUCUGAGCAUCCACCAAAAUUAUUCUUCCCCACUUUUGCCUCACUUAUUUCUUCAGCCUUUUUUAUGGGGUAAAAAACUUUCCAGCAAUGUUCUAGUACAGUACUUUCAAGAGACUUUCCAGAUUGUUCUAAAGAAGAUUUUUCAGGAAAAGAAGUAACAAAUAAAAUAGAAAUAAGAUUCAUAUUCUACAC